AUGAGAGCAAAAGAUCACAUGCUGCAGGCGGAAGAGUCCAUUUUAAGGUUCCAGGCUCGCGAGACGUGGAAGCCAGCACCGUUCGCGGCCAUGUCGUCACCGCAACAAGUUGGCUGUCGGGGACCCUUGCUGAGCUGCUGGGUUUUACAACCCCACUUCGAUGCUUUCCUCAAGGAAAAGGUUAGUGACUAUUUUCGCGCACGGUUGGCCAUCACCCCGCGCUUGACGACAUGCCAGACUCUGGCUGAUGUGCUGGCCGCGCAAAGCGCGACGCUGUCGACGCUGACCAGCUGGCUGGAGUCUGAAGAACUGAUCUAUAGCAUUCUCAGCAGUGCUUCAGGUGUCACUCUGCUGGCGCCAAGCAACAAUGCUAUGGCUCAGCUCUACAACACUCCCCUUGCAGCUCAGCUCGCUGAGGACGCCAACUUGCUCACAGCGUUCUUGAGCUAUCACGUCUUGGAUGGCUUGUAUUGGAUUUCAAACCUGACGGUGGAUCGUUCAUUCCCGACCAUGCUCAACAUCGCCGGUUACUCCAACAUUACCGGCGGUCAGCGCAUUAUCUCCCGAUCCGAUGAUGGCGCGAUCACGUUCUAUACCGGCAAUGCUGCUCAGUCUACUGUUCAGCCAUACGAUUUCCCAUACGCAAAUGGCAUCCUCCAUGUCAUCGAUUCCGUCCUGACUAUCCCGCCGUCGCUCACUGAUACGCUUCUAAGUGCUAACCUGACGGCUGCAUUGGGUGCCAUUCGCCGGGCAAAGGCUGAGACUAGCAUUAACCAAGCAAAUGACCUCACCAUCUUCGCGCCUAAUAACCAGGCUUUUAAUGCCAUAGGCAGCCUGGUGGCCGGUUUGACUGCCGACGAGCUGACCACAGUCCUCGGAUAUCAUGUGAUUCGAGGGAAGGUCCUCUACAGCGAGCAGAUCGUCGACGACAUAAACAAUGCAGCAAGUGGCUCGACUUCUGGCACUGGAUCAGUGGCAGGGCUAAGCGGCAGUGGUAGUGGAGUAGCCAGCCAGGCCACAUCCCAGGGAGGGAAUGUCUACUUCCGGAUUGAAAACGGUCGGCUGUUCAUCAAUAGCGCCUGUGUGAUUCAGGCAGAUCUGCUGGUUGCUAACGGCAUUGUGCACAUCAUUGACGGGGUUUUAAACCCUGCCAACUCGACUGCGACCCCUAACCCCACAGCUGCAACUCAAGCUCCUGCCUUCGUUGGGGCAAGUAGCACACCGGGAGGAGUGCCGUUUACUUCGGGCGUUGUGUCUUCAACUUCAGCUUCUACACCUUCUGUCAUUUACACAACCACCCCUUCAGCAUCGGCCAGCCUCAUUGGAGCAGCUCCGGGAACUACACCAGCUGCAGACAUUGCAAUGCUGGUCGGCGUGUCAGUUGGGCUCAUGGUGUUGUGA